AUGCAAGCAACAACCAACAGAUCUGAAGGCUCUAGCUCGAUUGCGUCUGCUUUUGCUUCUUUAUCUUCUGCAAAGGUUGACCUACCACCUAGGUUUAUAGACCUCAAACGUAGUAUUAUUCACAGCCACGAAGAAGCUGUAUUGGCUGGAUGGACGCGUCUUCUCCAGCAACGGUUGACGCUUGACAAGCUCAAAAAACUGGAAUCGAAUGUGAUUCCAGAAGUUGAAUUCGCGGACAUCGUUGGAAACAAAGGAAGAUUACCCAACGAUAUCGAAAGCAGACUACGGGAAUGCGGCACAAUUAUCGUGAGAGGCUUGGUUAGCACAGAUCAAGCUCUGAAUUGGAAACAACAAGUUCGAGAUUACGUGAAAUUGAAUCCCCAGACAGAAGGGUUUCCCGCUGGAAAUAUCCAGGUUUAUGAGCUGUACUGGUCCAAAGCACAGCUGGAGGCGAGAUCGCAUGCAAAUAUGCUCCUGGUCCAAACUGCGUUGAAUCGAGUUUGGAGGGCGAAACCUCAAGACCCUGUUGAUCUUGAUAUCCCUGUCACAUAUUGUGAUAGAUUGCGGAUGAGAACACCUGGCGAUCAAUCGUUUAAUUUAGGUCCCCAUUUAGACGGGGGGUCUCUCGAGCGGUGGGAGGAUCCUGAGUACCGGCAGUGUUAUUCCAGCAUUCUUCGCGGAGACUGGGAAAAACACGACCCAUUCGAUGCGACUCAUCGAUUGAAAGCGACUGUUGAUAUGUACAAAGGUCCGGGUGGAUGUUCAGCAUUUCGCUCCUAUCAAGGAUGGCUUUCUCUUUCGGACUGCAAACCGGGGUCUGGGACUCUCCGUGUAAUGCCUGACUUGACUGCCUCCACGGCUUAUACUCUCCUUCGUCCGUUUGUGAAACAGGAUGCCAAUGGGAUCAACUGGACGAUUGACGUGGAUAGCCCAACGUUCCAUGGUGCAGACAUGGGAAAGGGUCAGGAGCUCACAGAAACAGAUCACUCGCUUCUCAAUCCUCAUGGCUUCGUAUCAAUCCCGCCCGUUCGUCCUGGAGAUGCAGUGUUCUGGCAUUGUGACGUUGCACAUAUGGUCGAGGCAGAGCAUUGCGGGAAGAGUGAUUCUAGUGUUUUUUACAUUCCUGCUCUGCCUUUGUGCGAGAUAAACAGCAAGUAUGUCAAGGAUCAAAGAGAAAACUUUCUGCGUGGAAUUCCUCCGCCCGACUUUCCUGGAGGCGUGGGCGAGAGUGAGCACACGGGUAGAGGCAAAAGUGAGGAUAUACAGCUAGCCGAAGGUAGAAGAGCAAUGGGAUUAGGUAAGUUUGAGGUUCAACUUCAGAAAACGAUGGGGCAGAAGAAUGCCAUUGAGACAGCAAAUAAAAUCUUGGGAUUUGCUUAA